AUGGCUUUUGCUCUAAGAUCAAUAAGCUUGCCUUCAAGGCAUCACACAAGUGAGGCAGAAGUACAAGAAGAUCUGCACAGCCUUGAGACAAGCAUCACUUCAUCCAUCACCAUCGAGACGAUGUGCGAUGGUCUGCGGCGGCUUGGAGACAUCUACGGUGCUGUUGAGGAGAUCAUCCAGUUGCCAAGCAACCAAGUCUGUUCCUCCCAGCAGAGGAAGAUAUUGGAUGCAGAGACCGAAUGUUCUCUCGAGCUUCUGGAUCUCUGCAACAACAUGCAAGAGAUCUCCGUUGAGCUCAAGGCCAUUAUCCAAGAGCUGCAAGUGGCUCUAAGAAAAGGAGAGGACACAACUGUCCAAGCCAAGAUCCAGUCUUACAUCAGAUUGGUGAAGAAGGCUGGCAAACAAUUCAAGAAGACUACCAGGAAGGCGACUUCGGACAAGAUGGAUUGCGGAAUGGUCAGUCUAUUGGUCAACGCGAGGGAGAUGACUAUCUCUCUACUUGAGUCCGCGGUACACCUCUUGUCAAAGCAAAUCCAAGUGCCUAAACAGUCCCUAGUUUCCAAGGCAUUUCAUAAGAGAAAAGCUGUUGUUUGUGAGGAGCAACUGCAGGACUUAGAGUGCAGCAUCAGGGAUUUUGAGAGUGGAGUAGGACAUCUGUUCCGGAGAUUAAUCCAGAGCAGAGUUUCACUCCUAAACAUACUUAGUUCAUAGAUCUCCAGGAGCCUUGUCACUCUUGAUAUCCUGUGAUUGGCAUCCGAUUUUUAGAGGACUAGCCAAUCACACUUGUUCCACAUAUGUAUAUACAUACAGGUGUACAGAAAAUACAGAAACUCCAAAAUUUUGAUAUA